AUGCAGGAAUCCGGCUUACUUGCCUCCUCUCCUGGCCGCACAAAGCGUAAGAGACUUGAGCGCCUUGAAGAGGAGCUCCGUGGAGUUUCCGAUGAGGAGUUAUGCCAAGUAUUAAUUCGAUCGGGACGGCGACAUCUGCUGGCCAAAAAAAAAUAUGUAGACAGUGAUCUGCCAGCCGAGUCUGAGACAGUCGGAGUUGCCAGUGUCGAGAUGCUUGAGCGCCGCCUCAAGCACAGCCUCAAACAAUAUGUCGUUGAGACGAUUGAGCACCUCAAAUCACAAGUUGUCGGUGAUAUUGUCGAAAAUGCUUUAAAUGAGUGUGAUGAAGCGAUCGAGGGACGAUACAGAACGCACGAAGCCGACUUAGAGGAACAGGUCGACGACUGUAAGGUUGACCUAGGCAUUACGGCCAAGGCUGUACGAAGGAAAUAG